AUGAUAUUUAAAUUGAUUUUUUUUAUUUUAUUGGAAAAUGUUGUAUCGAGUCUUCGAUGUAAAACAGCGUCGCCAUCCAAUUGUCAUCAUAAUUUAACAUGUACAUAUGGUAUAAAAGAAUGUCAUUCACCAGAAUUCUCAUCAAAUUCUCGUGGUGGAAUGUAUUGCACAACAAUUCUAGAUACUAAUAAUAAUAAUGAAAUAAUUGUUGGUAAAAUGGAUUGUAUGUAUGAUCAAGAAACAGGUAAAAUAUGUAAAAAUCAAACUCAAUGUAUUAUGACAUAUACAAAUAAAGAUAAAUUAUUUUUACAUUGUUGUUGUAAUAAAGAUAAUUGUAAUUACAAUUUUAUCAUAAGCAAUUUAUCCGAAGGAAAUUCUUCAACAAUAUCAUCUACUACAGAGAGACCUAUAUAUAAACCUUUUUUACGUAAACCAAUUCAUAUUAUAUUAUUAUGUUUAAUUAUUGGAUUUCUAAUUAUAUUAAUAAUAAUAUUCAUUAUUUGUCGAAAGAAAUUUCCAAGAAGUGGAGAAAAACUAAUUCGUUUAUUUGAUAAAUCAUCAAAAACGGAUGAAAAUCUUUAUCCUUUUAUAGAAAAAAGCAAAGAAAUAAAUAUAAAAGAAUUAACUAUUGAAAAUCUAAUUAAAAAAGGUCGAUUUUCUUUAAUAUAUCAAGGAAAAUUAAAUAAUGAACAAGUUGCUAUUAAAUCUAUAUCAAAUAAAAAUGAUUUAAUUCAUUCAAAUAAAUUAUUUGAAAAUGAAAAAGAUAUUUAUUCAUUACCAAAUAUGGAUCAUGAAAAUAUCGUUAAAUAUUAUGGUUAUUCAAUAACAAAUGAUAAUAAUUAUAUAAUUCUUGAAUUAAGUAAAUAUGGUUCAUUACGUGAUGUACUUCGUAAACGUUUAUUAAAAGAUGAAUAUGAAUUAAUAUUAAUAUCAAAACAAAUCUCAAAUGGUCUUGAAUAUCUUCAUAAUGAUUUUCGUCGAAAUAAUUCAAAAGAAAAUUCUCGUCCACCAAUUGCACAUAGAGAUUUUAAAUCGGAUAAUAUACUUUAUUUAAAUGAUCAUCGAUUAGUUAUUUCAGAUUUUGCAAUGGCUAAUCAACUUACUCAAAAUCAAAUUUAUCCUUAUGAACAACAACAAAUUGGAACAGCUCGAUAUAUGUCACCAGAAAUCUUAGCUGGAACAAUUGGAUGUGAAACAAAUGCUUUACUUAAAUGUGAUGUUUAUGCUCUUGGAAUUGUUUUUUGGGAAAUUUUAUCAAGAUAUCCAUAUGAAGAAGAAACAAAUAUUGAAUAUGAAAUGGCAUAUGAAAAACAAUUAAUUCAACAUGGUUUAGAUAAUAUAAAUCCUCAAGUAAAUGAUAUAUUACAAAUAAUUAAUCUUGAAAAACCAAAUAAUCGUCCAUUAAUUAAAUCAUUAUGGAGAAAAUCAAAUAAAAAAUCUAUAAAUGAAAUUCUAUUGACAAUGGAACAAUGUUGGGAUCAAAAUCCUGAAGGUCGAAUUAGUGCAGCUUUAGUUGCAUUAAGAAUGAGACAAUUAUCAUAG